CAGGCAGUGGUUUAUGUUGGUUGUAACAAACCGACUUGUUUUCUUGCUGCCUACUCAAUCAUCCACAAAUUCAUAUUGAUAGCGACUAUGGAAAUUGAGCGCGAUUGUAUCAUAAGCGCCGAGAGCUAUGAGAAGUUCGGGCUCAACCACCGACGCCAUGACACCAAUCAAAGAGUCCAAAAUUUCAUUGAUCGUGGUCUUAUGAGCAAAGAUGCUGUGUAUCGGAGAUUUACCGAGGACCUUAAGUACAGUAUAGGUAUGAGAGAAGAUGAACCUUUAAGAGAGAACAUAAGACAAGCAUUCUGCCAACUAUGUGACCCGGACACAGGAUAUCUCUCACAGAACAAGUUCAAGCACUUGUUUGAGAAAAUAUUACCCACCGCAUCUCCAGGCGUUCCGGCACUACUACUUGAUAUCUUUAGCUGGCAUGCGUUCUUCCCCUUCCCAUCGAUAUAUACCGCCUCGGGAGAGCCCUGUAUAGAUGAAGAUGCUUUCGUUCGCGCUGUCUGUCAGUUGGCGUGGACUCGUUCGCCGCGCCAUAAUCUGCGCAUGGAGGCGGGCGCCGGGCACUGUGUUAUCACAGGAAAUUGGGGACCACAUUUCAGCUGGCUCAUUUUAGCCCGUGGUAAAGAUAUCAGCGAUUAUAUGAGAUGGCUAUUCCGGAGUCUUGCUAUUCCAAACAAUACAAAAACAGGCAUUGAAACAACAAUUCUGGUCCCUCGGUUCUUCAUGUACCAACCGCGGCAGGACGAGCCGUAUUCUGGAGAUGAUUCUGAAGACGAUGCUCUGCAGCAACAAGUCGUUAUCGUCGAGAAAGAGAGUGAGCGAACGAUAGACAUCCAAGAUAUUCUCUCGGAGUAUCCCCCAGAUCACCAUACCAUGGUAGCGGACCCGUUACGAGAAGGCUACAAGCUUGCCUUACCGUUUCUUCCACAUCAUCCAUACGAUCUGACUGACCUUCACGUCCCAACCAUAAAGGUUCUGAGUCUCUUUCCCUUGCUUUAUGCAGGGGAUGGCUCAGACGAGCAAAGGGAACUAGCCCCAGAAGAAGAAGAUGGGUCAGACAUCGUAGCUGACUUAAUAACCUCGACCGAGCGACUAGGUAAUGAAGGACUCAGCUGGGAAGUGUUCGACACUAUGUUGAGUGAGCAUGCGGAGCUUGUCGCAGAUACUCUAGCGCGAAUAUUCUCAGUCUUCAAAGCUCCAAUAGAUGGAACUGCAUUGUGAUAUUACGAGCUUGAAUAGAUAUGGGGAGUUCAGUACCUUAGGUAGGUAAGGUUAGAUAGGAGUUAUUGACGGUUAGUUACCUGUUCCAUAAUACCAAUAUUUCGAUAUCGAUAUAACGGGGUAUCUUACAAAAUUGCGUGAGACUUACCCCACCAAUAAUGCUGCAUUAGUGCAUGUAUCUAGGUACGUGCCACAUAGUAUGUAUAUAUUAAUUACCUAAGCCCCACUAAACGC